UUUUUUGUUUAAUUUCACUGUUAUUAUCAAAAUCCAACACAAAGAAAGGGUCGUCCCAUUCUCAUACCUGUGUCACAACUAUCUCGUGAAGAACAUUUCAUAUUAGCGCAUGAUCCAAAGCAUGAAACCCUGCACACUCACAUGAUCUGCCUACCUUUCAACCUGUAGCAUUCCCAACACCAAGUAUAACAAGCCAAGGCUUCACCGGCUCGGGAACAGGAAGCACACAUCACCAGAAAACGAGGCCUUCCCUGGAGAGAGAGGAAGAUGCCGGAAUACUGUGUGACCGGAGGAACAGGUUUCAUUGCGUCCCACCUCAUCAGAGAACUGCUAAGCAGAGGCCACACUGUCCGGGCAACGGUCAGAGAUACAGAGGACGUGGCCAAGGUUGGGUUCCUAUGGAGCAUGGGUGGAGCCAAGGAGCGGCUGAAGCUGGUGAAGGCAGACCUGCUGGUGGACGGAAGCUUCGACCUUGCCGUUGACGGCGUUGACGGUGUCUUCCACACUGCAUCACCUGUCUUUGUUCCGCAAGACCAAAACGUCCAGCAAGCUCUGAUAGAUCCAGCCAUACAAGGCACUAAGAAUGUGCUCAAAUCCUGCUCCAAAGCAAGCUCGGUGAGGCGUGUCGUCCUCACCUCUUCCUGCUCUUCCAUCAGGUACCGAUAUGAUGUCACUCUGGUUUCCCCACUCAACGAGUCACACUGGAGCGACCCCGAAUACUGCAAAAGAUACAAUCUGUGGUAUGCAUAUGCGAAGACAUUGGCUGAAAAGGAAGCAUGGAGAUUAGCAGGGCAUUUUGGCAUCAAUCUAGUGGUAGUGAAUCCAUCUUUUGUCGUCGGACCAUUAAUUGCACCACGACCAACGAGCACCCUCCUCCUCAUACUCUCCAUCUUGAAAGGUAAAUACACCUAUGUUCCAAUUUCAUGCUCUGAAUCACAAACAUCACGCAAACACUUAAGUCUUGCUCUGUUAAAACCUGACCAUCUUCUUAAAGGAAAUAUUUCCUGGUACCCGAACACAACCGUGGGAUUUGUUCACGUUGAUGAUGUAAUCUUCAGCCACAUUCUUGCCAUGGAGGACAGCAGAGUCUCUGGAAGGCUCAUUUGUUCCGGUAGUGUUGCCCGCUGGUCGGAGAUCGUGGAGAUGAUUAGAGCAAACAACCCAUCUUAUCCGAUGCCAUCCAAGCGCAAUGACCAGGAAGGUGACAGCAAUCCACACAGCAUGGACACUACCAAGAUCAGGGAACUCGGGCUUCCAUGUUUCAAAACUCUCCCACAGAUGUUUAAUGACUGCAUCAAGAGCUUCCGAGAGAAGGGACUCCUGUGAAAUAAGAUGGCCAACACAAGGGAUAUCAGUGAAAUAAGGUCCUUGAAAGUGACACAUCACAGCCAAUUAACAUGAAAAAAAACCAUAGUUUAGAUAUCCACUUAGCCUCGGAUGCUAUGAUGCUUUCAUCUAUUUUU